UCAACUCAACUGGAUAUUUACUUUUUUUUAAUUUAAAUUGGUCGUAGCCCACAGAUGUAAAUACGCACCGACGUUAACCGUGUAGUUUGGAAAUCAUUGUUUCUUCCUGUUGUGUGAAGCAAACGCGUUUUAAUUAAUUUCCACCAUGGUUCGAACACAAAGGGUAAUAAAGAUACCACGGACCAAAAAGAUAGAGCGAUUUGAAGAUGAUGACCCUGAAGCAUACAAGAACAUGCCUGUCCCCGAUAAGAAAUCCUCCCAAUACACAAAGGACAAAAUUGAUGAGUUUCACGAUGAAAAGAUCGCAAAACUUUUUGCCAGCGGGGUUCAAAUGGAGAGUGACCCGGAAGAACUGGAUGACGAGGAGGAAGUGAUGGCCCUCGACGAUUCAGAGGACGACGACGAUGAGGUGGAGGAAGAAGAAGAAGAAGAGGAUGAGGAUGAGGAGACCGACAUGGAGAGUGAUCUCGAGGGCAAAAAAGAAGACGGUAAACAUCACCAUAAGAACAGUAUUUUCUUCAACGUCAUUCUAUCUUCUUUAACCGUAACGUUGUGGUCUUCUUCAGAUCUUCCUAACGAAAUGGCCUGGGGCAACAAGAAGAAGAUGUUCUACGACUCUGACUACAUCACCACCAAGGGGAAAUCUCAAGACGAGCUGGAAGCUGAGGAACAAGAGGAAGAAGAAGAGGCCAAGAAUGUCCAGAAACGUUUAGCUGCAAAUCUGAGCGAGGAGGAUUAUGAUUUGAACUUUUUUCAGGAAUUUGCUGUGGAAGAGAAAGAUGAAAACAAGACUGUGGAAAAAGAAGAGAGGAUUGUGAAAGACCUGAAGCAAAUGUCCCAGAAGGAAAAGAUGAAACUUUUGAAAAAGGAGUCACCAGAGCUUCUUGAACUUAUCCAGGACUUCAAGGCAAAGCUCGGUGAACUGAAGAAUGAGCUGCAGCCUCUCGUGCAGAUGGUCAAGGCCGGAAAGAUCCCACCAGGAAAGGGCGCCGACUACCUCAAGACAAAACAGCAACUGUAUCUGAAUUACUGCACAAACAUCAGUUUCUACUUGGUGCUGAAGGCCAAGCGAAUCCCUGCUCACAACCACCCGGUGAUUGAAAGACUGCUCACCUACAGAAACCUGAUCAAUGAGCUGGGUCCGGUAGACACUCGGCUCGCCCCUCAGUUUCGCGAGUUGCUGACCGGUGGGAACGGCGAGACCGCCGGCAGACCAUCCGAGGGCAAGAAGACCAGAGGCGCCGCCGCCAAGACGAAAAAGGAUUCUGGAGAAUCUUUGCAUGUGGUCGCGGAGGACUCUGACUCCGACCUGGAAGAGGAGGCGGCUCUGCGUUUCUACAGAGAAGUGGAGGCGCGGUCGAAAUUGAAGAGAAAGGGCAAAGCCCCUGAAGCCGAAGAGACGGAGGAGAAAGAAAAUGAUGUGGAGGAGGAUCCAGAUGCUAAGAGAGGAAUCACGUACCAGAUGUUCAAGAACAAGGGACUCACACCUAAGAGGAAGAAAAUUGAUCGUAAUCCCAGAGUCAAGCACAGAGAGAAGUUCAGACGGGCCAAAAUCCGCAGAAAGGGCCAGGUGCGAGAGGUCCGUCGGGAGGAGACGAGAUACAGUGGAGAGUUGUCUGGUAUUCGUGCUGGUGUCAAGAAGAGCACCAAACUUAAGUAGCCAUGCAGGAAACUGUAAUAUGCUGCCAAGUAAAACCACAGGACUUACUUGUGGUCUUUGUUUUAUGCAUGUAGUAAAAACAUGUCCCUUAAUUAUUCAGUUGUCAAUUGUUGUUGAGAAAUCAACACAGAUUUUCAGUUCUAGAUCAUUGUGCAAUGUGAAUAAACAUUAAACUUUCAAACUUGAA